GGCGUGCCGGUCCCUCCCGCACCGCGGCGGCAGCCGCGACCCUCUCAGUCCCGCUUGGGCGGCCAUUGGCGGGACUCGUACCUGCGCGUAGGGUUUUGGCGGGCGCCGCUGAGGAGAAGGAGGCAGCAGCGGCGGGGCAGCAUGCCGGGCAGCGACACGGCGCUGGCCGUGGACAGGACGUACUCGGACCCGGAGCGGCACCGGCGCCGCAAGACGCGGGUGGAAAGACAUGACAUGAAUACCCUGAGUUUACCGCUUAACAUUCGCCGUGGAGGCUCUGACACCAACCUGAACUUUGAUGUACCAGAUGGGGUCCUGGAGUUUCACAAAGUUAAACUCAGUGCAGAUAGCCUGAAACAGAAAAUCCUCAAGGUUACAGAACAAAUCAAAGUUGAACAAACAGCUCGAGAUGGCAACGUGGCUGAGUAUUUGAAACUGGUCAACAGUGCAGACAAACAACAGGCUGGGCGCAUUAAACAAGUGUUUGAGAAAAAGAACCAGAAGUCUGCCCACUCCAUUGCCCAGCUGCAGAAGAAAUUGGAACAGUAUCACAAAAAGCUCAAGGAUAUUGAACAAAAUGGAUCUUCCAAAACUACUAAGGAUACUUCCAAAGAUAACUUGAAAGAUAUUCAGCAUGGCAAGUCUCGUACCUCUGGGCAUGGAACAGAGAGCAGCAAGUCGGGUGUGCCAGGUGUGUCUUUGACACCACCUGUCUUUGUUUUCAGCAAGUCUAGAGAGUUUGCGAACCUGAUCCGAAACAAAUUUGGUAGUGCAGACAACAUUGCUCAUCUCAAAAACACCUUGGAUGAAUUUCGGCCAGAAACAAGUUCCAGAACAUACGGGGGCAGUGCCACUAUCGUUGCGAAACCAAAAUAUGUUAGUGAUGAUGAAUGCUCAAGCGGGACCUCUGGCUCAGCAGACAGUAAUGGGAAUACUUCCUUUGGUCCUGCUGUGGCAAGUACUCUGGACAGCCAAGGAAAGCUUUCCAUGAUUUUGGAGGAACUAAGAGAAAUCAAGGAGACACAGUCCCAAUUAGCUGAUGAUAUAGAGAAUUUAAAAACACAAUUUAAAAGAGACUAUGGCUUUAUUUCUCAGAUGUUACAAGAGGAAAGAUAUAGAUACGAAAGAUUGGAGGACCAGUUAAAUGACCUCACUGACCUACACCAACAUGAGACAGCAAACUUGAAACAAGAGCUAGCCAGCAUAGAGGAGAAAGUGGCCUAUCAGGCGUAUGAGCGAUCACGGGAUGUUCAGGAAGCCUUGGAGUCAUGCCAGACCCGAGUUUCCAAGCUGGAGCUCCAUCAGCAAGAACAGCAAGCGCAGCAGUCCGAAACCGUUAAUGCCAAAGUGCUCCUGGGGAAAUGCAUCAACGUGAUCCUGGCCUUCAUGACUGUCAUCUUGGUGUGCGUUUCUACCAUUGCAAAGUUCAUUGCUCCGAUGAUGAAGAGCCGCUUUCAUAUCAUCUGCACUUUUUUUGCAGUGACGCUGCUGGCAAUAUUUUGUAAAAACUGGGAUCAUAUCAUCUGUGCCAUAGAAAGGAUGAUUAUACCGAGAUGAAGCUGCUGGCCUGGCUGCUUGCUGUUUUUUUGUUUCCCCUCCCCUCCCUGUUUUGUAAGUGCUGUGUGUAUACGAAUUAUUUUUUGUCAGUUUCAAUGUGCAGACUGGAUGGAGAAGGCUAAAAGACUCCUGGACUUUGAGGUGUAAAUAGAGAAACACAUACUUGUUGGCAGUCUGUUGCCUGUUCAAUCUGAUUGUGUCUAACUGGCUGUGUCGGUGACCAGCUGCUUGCUCAUGUCAGUCUCCUGCCUUAAUCCAAUGGGUUUUCCACUUUGCAAACCCAUACCCACAGAAGAUAGUGUGAUGCUCCACCAAGGGAUCCAAGCAACUGCACAGUGUCAGGCAUGCUUUUUGCUAGACUGGAGUGCAAAGAGAGUGAUCAGGAAGGAGUGCACCAUAAUGUAUAUUAUCAGCCCUGUUAGACUAAUGAGUUAAUUUUCUCUCUGAAUUCAACUAGAAUGAUAAGCCAAAUGAUAGAGUCAUGUAUGUUAAUAGUUCUUGAUUCUAAAUUCAUGCAUAUCUGUAUAUGGGAGUUUUAGUUUUCAGGACCAUCAAAACUUGAUGCUUCUGCUAGUAACCUUUUGCACAGAGAGUUUAUUGUUUGUAAAUUAGACCAGUGAUGAGUGUUGACCACAGUUAGCGAUUGUUCUAUCCUGGCACCGUUCCUUAUCACAUUCAGGAAAGACAUAAAUGUGGUGUAAGACUUCCAAAGAUGAACUGAAUUGAAUGAUGAGCUCUCCAGGCCACUGUGUUCAGGAGUAAAGAAGCAAGUACUGGUAGGUAAGCUGUCAUGCAGACCAAAGCACUCACUUGCUUCAAGCCCUGCAAUUGGCAAGGGGAAAGAAAUAGGCAGCGAGGUGACACUUGGAUUAGCCUGUGUGAGCACUGAAUUGUUGGAGUGCUCUGCCUGAAUGCAGAGCAGGUAGGUGGUGGGACUCUGGGUAUGGUGGAUUCCUCUCCUAUGUCAGAUUAAGGAUGUGGAAGGAUGAGGGAACAGCUUCUUAGAGGAGCAGGGAGUUAAACUUCUGUAAAUAUCCAAACACUGUGCAGACUCUCUUGACAAACAUUCCUGAAAAUAGCGUGUUAGCAUACAGUACCACUACUGGGACACAGGGUUGGGUUUGUUCUCUAACUGCAAUUUAUUUUGCUUGAUUUAAGAACUGCAAAAAGAGGAAAAAAAUUCCCUGAAAUCUGCCUGGCUCUCAGCCAUGAUGUAAACCAAGAUCUUAAAUAAAAACCAGACAAAUCAAACAACAAAAUGAAACAAACCACCACAAGCAGAAUUCUUCUCUGCUCUCCAUUAAAUGCAAUCUCCAGUUAUUUGAUGUUCAGUGUUACUUGCUUAGAAAAUAAUUGUCAUGACAGAUUUUCCUUUCAGUUGUGGUAUUUGUUAUGCUGCUUUUAUGAGGAGGGGGGAAAGGGGUUACUUGGUGUGUGUAUUUGUUUUUAAUCGAGUGCAAUAGUUGAUAUAGAUAUUCUGAAGACCUUAUUCUGAGGGGAGGAAGUGGGCACGGGGAGGCAGGGGAAGAACUUUGACGUUUUACCAUGAUUGGAUUAACAGUGAAUACAGUUACUUUUUGUGACUUCAGGGACUGAAGGAAGGACAGAAUUAACUGCAUAAAUAAUGAUAUGACUCAGCAUUUAGAAAAUUCAAUUAAAACACUUAUUCUUUAUGUGUGCUACAUCUUUGAACAGAGAAAUCAGGAAGGAUUGUGCUGGCUCCCAGGCACCGGAAAUGGAUCAGAUCAGGCACACCCAUGUUAUCCUAACGCAGCCCUGCCUCCUCUUCAGAGGAAGGUGGAGUGGAAAGCAAAAGUCCUGCAAAGAGGGAUAUGACUUUUUAAGCCCAGGCUUACCAAUUGGUUUAUCCCUGGCUGUGUCAGGAAGAAUUAUUAUACAGAUACAUUCUUCUUUUCCUUAUCUUUUUGUUCUCUUUGCCUUUAUCGCAGUAUUCCUGGUAUCCCCUGAUGAAGAAAAGAUCAGGGAGACCUUUCUUUUAGUGUCUCUUCACCCAUUUCAGCACUGUAUGCAUGCAUUGCAACUGGCCUUCACCCCCAACUUCUAACUACCUGCGCUUAGCCUCUUUUUACAGCUGGCUAAUAAACUGAGGGGAUUGCUUCCACUGAAGAUAAGCUCAUGACCUUAUCUUGACAGGAAAGUUGCUUCCACAAUGUUAAAAAGAUUAAAAGGAACAAAAGUAGCAGCCCUUUCCUGGCCUUUACAUCAUAAGACAGGGUUUCCCUUGCUUUGUUUUUUUUAUGCCCUUUUGAUGUGUCCUCGGUCUUUUCCACUGUUUUCAAAUAAUUUGUUCCUAUCUUCAUUUUUGAAAAGGCAUACAAUAUCUUUUUAUAGUCUGUACUUUCCAUUACUUUAACUGAUGAGUGUGCUUCUCUUUAGAGUUCUUUCCUUUCUGAAGCCUUUUCGUGAAUUCCACCACCCAUUUUACUAAUCCGCAAGAUUAUACAAAAAACAAGAGUCCCAGUACUGAUCCUCAGAAAGCUGUGUCUCUGGAUUGUGUGUUGCCAUCUUCAUUACAAUUUCCAUCCUCUGCCUGUAGCAUGGUCGCAUGUUUAAAGAGAGAAUCCUCCCAGUGCUAGCGUGUGUAGUUAAAAAUGUCAGGUAGCCUCAAGGUCAGGCAGGAAAAUCAUUCUUCUUAUAACAAAGGAAGUUGGUACGGUACGGCCUGGGGAGGUGAAGGCUUCUGCUCCAAGGGCAUCCUGUUACAAUCCUGGAAGAGGAUCUCAGUGCAAACUGAGGGUAGAAGUUGUCAAGGGGCCUACCAAAGAUUGCUCGCUGUCUUGAUGAAAUCAGACUGAGUCUGAAUUGGAAACAGAAGGGUCUUGUGUUUCCAUCGUGGCCUUCUGUCUGGCAGAGGAGACAGAAAAAGCUGUAAAGGCUGCAUAAUGUUACUCAUGCAGAUUAAAACAACCCUAACUGGUAAAUGGGUGCAGCACUUCUCCAGGUUAUUCUCCCUGCUGGAUUUAAAUCACUGGAGGAUGUGACACCCAUCAAGGAAUUAAAAAAGAUGUGAAGGGCAAAAGCCUGUUUUCUGGGUAGAACUUCUGUAGUUCUGUGCAUGAGCUUUGCCAAGUGGCAGGCUGCCCAAGGAAGGCAGAGGUCUCCCUUUUCUUACCUGGUGCUGCCGCUGGGGUGUGGUGGAGUCUUCUGUGUGCCACCCUAGCUCACUAGGCUGGAAGAAAAACCUAGCCAAAGCGAGGAGUGCAUGGCUCUCCACAGCUGGAGAUUUAGAGGUCUCAUGAGUACGAAUUGGGGACAAAAGGGGACAUGAACCUUUUUCUUUCCUGCUGCAGUGAAUCAUUAGCUGCCCUAAAACUGCACCCUAGGCAGCCUCCCUGCAGAAUGAUGGGGCAGCUUCAAUGCAGAAAGGCCUCUUCCUUGCUUUUACCCACAGGGAACAGAUACAAACAGCACUAGGUUGUGGUAGUGCAGGCUAGGCAGCUGCGUCUGUACCCAGGAGCAAGAGUAGGCUGGUGGCUGGGCCAGCCAGGGCUGAUGCCACUGCCACCAGCUCCCUCUGUGUGAGUGUACGUAUCUGGCUUGCAGCCAGGGCUUUGCCUGCGGUGGAAGUGUGCCUAGGCCAUCCCAAACCAUUGCCAGACCUCUCUUAAUGAGAACUUAGUGCAGCUUCUCAAUGAAUUAACCGCGUUCUGUAAGGAUAGCGUUUGCUUUUAUGUUCUCGUACAACACAUUAGGCAUUCUUGGUGUUCUCCUUACACUUACUCGUCAUGAGCCUCUAAAACACUCCCACUCAACAGAAAGUUGCCAGACGGUGUAGUUUCUGCUUGGUGCUGCAUGGCAGUGAAUUAUUUCACUUUGACAGUAGUUCUCCAACUGAGAAGCCCUUCAGUUAGUUGUUAAUACCUGUUCUACAGGCUCUUGGCAGCUUCUUUGCUCAGAGGUUUCUGGAGAUUUAUUCUCUCACGAGGGUCAGCACAAUCCUCCUGCUCUCUCCCAUUUCAGCAUUCAGGUCUAAAUUAAUUUUCCCCUGAAACUUGUAUAAUGGAUCCCUCCACUAGCUUUGACUAUAACUCCAUUACUGUUGAACACCCAAAUUAGUGACUGACAGCACUGAAUGAGAUCCAGUUUUAAGUCCCUCUCCUUUCUGCACUACAUUAUACAUGUUCUUGCAACUUCUCAUUUCAGUGCACUCCUGUGAUGUUGGCUUUUUCUGAACCCUUAGAGAAGCACGAUCAAAUCUGACUGCUUUUUAGUUUAGUAUCAAAACGCUUGCGUUGUGCAGUGCCUAUGUUGCGGGACCAUCACAUAUAGAUCUGAUAUCUACACUGCAUGAAGGAUAUUUAAAUGCCAAUAGUUUUCUUUGAACAAACCAUGACUGCUUAUCUGGGGAAUUAUUUGGAGAAUAGAAAUUCAAUAGCUGAAGGCAAUUUGCUGUAGGAAAGAUACACAAUCCACUCGCUACAAGUUGAAGCUAGAGAAAUCCAGUGAAAGCCUAAGCUUCAGUUUUGUAAUUGUAAGGGUAGCUAGUAGCUAGUAACAUAAGGACUCCAACAGUUGAAGUUGAACGCUGCUGCUCAAACAGGAAUCAGUUUAGGGUUCUGUUUGGUACAAAGUCAACUGCAUAAUCACAGAUAGUGCUUUUUGGAGUUAAAAUCAAUAGACAAUUAUUUUAUUUAAAAAAAAACCCCAAACCACCACCUUAACCCAUGGAAGCUUGUGGUUCAUUUAGGUGGUAUGGAAACCAGGUUUGGAAACUGAGUCCCUUUCCUCUGUGAUAUGGAGAUUUUACUUCUGGAUUCAAUGGUACAACAGACUGUAAACACAGAUUAAUGUAAUUAAGCACUUUAACUUGGGAUAACAGAAUUUAAUCACUUCUGAAAGUCCAUCUAGGAAUAGCAAUCAGGCACGUUUAUUCUCUUUUUUAAGCAAGCAAAUAUUUAUCUGCUUUUUUUCAUUUAGCAUCAUGCCAGAACGUGGCCUUCAAUUAAUUAUAUUGCUCCCCUUUAAAAUGCAAGGGAUUAUAACAGGCUUGCUUUUAGAGAAAGUUUGAAUGGUCUCUCUGAUGCUGAGUAGAAUCCAGCAUAAAGAAUCAGACAAUUUUACAUCACAGCAGUGAAAGACAAAUAAAAGUUUAAUUUUAGUUAAUGGAAUUGCUUCAUUUCCCUGAAAAAGCAAACUGAGUGAACUGAGCUGAUGCUGUAUAUAAAGACUGCAUGAGGACUAGUCAAACUACCUUGUACAGUGGAUUUGCUGUAUGUUUAGCGUGUUAAGUUGUACUUUGUUGGAAAGUUUUGCACAAAGCCACCUUUCCUUUUUACCCCAGGGAACCUGGGUCUGGUAGUAUCAAGGUGUACCAAAAAUUGUCUGGUUUUAUUGACUAAAGUACUGUCUCGGUGUGUGACCUACAAUGUUUCUCAUACCAUCUUCAUUUUGUGCAGCACUGUGGAAAGAUGCAACUACGCCAAUGUAAUUUUUGUAUAUUUUGUUGUGUAGUCAUGACUGCCUCUAAGGUGCCAUUAACAUUUUUUAAAAUAAAAAUAUUUACAUUUCUUUGA